AUGUCUCGGAAUGGCGACCGCGAAGGCGGCAAAAAGCCCCUCAACUUCGGCAUAGUCGUCUUCCCGGCCUUCCAAGCGCUUGACGUCUUUGGGCCCCUAGACGCGCUGAAUCUCUUAUCGCGCUCGUACGAAAUGAACCUGUCCGUCAUCGCGGAGACGCUGGACCCCGUCUCGACGAAUCAGAUCCCAGGCGCACAGCAACAGCCCGGCGCCAUUCCCGCCACCGGUCCCGCGGUGCCAGCGGCCAACUCCGAUUUCGGCCAGACCAUCUUACCCACGCAUACCUUCAAGACGGCCCCGCCACUGGACGUGCUCAUUGUUCCCGGAGGCCAAGGUACGCGGUACGCCGGCAUCCGUGCCUCCAUCGACUUUAUCAAGGAUAGGUUCCCCGAGUUGCAGUAUUUGAUUACGGUUUGCACUGGCGCAGGCGUGGCUGCGCGUGCGGGAGUGCUGGACGGGAAGAGGGCAACGACGAAUAAGCUGUCAUGGGAGCAGACUAUUGCGCUGCGGCCGGAGGUGAACUGGGUGCACAAGGCGCGGUGGGUGGAAGAUGGUAAUAUCUGGACGUCGUCCGGUAUCAGCGCGGGUAUCGAUGUUACUUUUGCGUGGAUUGCUGCUGUGUACGGGCAGGAUCUCGCGAAGAACAUCGCGGAUAGGAUGGAGUACACGCCCGCUGAGGACUCAAACUGGGAUCCAUUCGCAGAUCGCUGGGGCACCAAGAAGGCGUAA